CCACAAUGCACAGCGGAACAGCCACGUAAACGUACAGAUCCUCCCCGCUGCUAGCGUUAGCGUUAGCUUCCUCUGCUCUGUGCAGCUGAUGUCACUGAUGUCCACACGAUGCUACACUCGUUCACCAGGGCUUCAGUGAGAUUGCCAGAGCUGUAAGAUGUCGAUGGUGUUGUUCGCCUCUGUGGUUCGGGUCGGGGACGGCCUUCCUCUCUCUGCAUCCACUGACUAUGAGCAGGACAAAGAGCUUCAGGAGACCAAGAGGCAUCUCAAAGGUCUCUCCAAGAAACUCAGCCAGUUCCCUGACCGCUGCACACUGAAGACUGGACCUUAUAAUGUCAAUUUCACUAGCGCACUGGGUGUUGGAUACCUGAUGGUGUGCACUGCAAACUAUCCCAAUGUGCUGGCCUUCUGCUUCCUGGACGAGCUACAGAAAGAGUUUAUCGUCACAUACGACCCCAAGCGAAUCAGCAACGCUGUGCGGCCAUACUCCUUUAUUGAAUUUGACACCUUCAUCCAGAAGACCAAACAGCGCUACAACAGCCCACGUUCCCUGUCCACCAAGAUCAACCUGGCUGACAUGCAGACAGAGAUCAAGCUGCGACCGCCCUACCAGCUCUCCCCUGAGGACCUGCGGGCUAUCAAUGGAUUCUCAGUGCACACACCCUCUAAAUACAAGGGCAUAGCUCCCACACAGAUGUUGGAGCCAGUGACUCUCCCUGGCAUUGUGUCCUGUGUGCUCAGUGUCCUCUGUGGAGGCCUGAACCUGCUGCGAGGAGUCCACGCUAUAGAGAGCAUACUACAGAAUGACGAUGAAGACUUUAAUUACGUGAUUGCCUUCUUCCUCGGCACAGCAGCCUGUCUGUAUCAGUGCUACCUGUUUGCCUACUUCUCUGUGUGGAGGAACAGUAAGUCCUUCCUGGCGUUUGCACUCAUCUGUCUGUCCAACAUGUAUCUGUAUGAACUGAGAAACAUGUGGCAGAUCCUCUUCCAUGUGGCAGUGGGGGCCUUCAUGACUCUGCAGAUCAAACUGAGGCAACCGCUGGGAAAAGCGCCAGACUACAACGUCUGACAAAAACUUCAAACACAAAGGACUACUGACGAUGUCUUGCACGUGCCCUGGAAAUGCAGCGGAGACGGCCCUGACCCGCCGGGGGACAAAGAAAAAAAAACCCAAAUCCUUCCAGUUCAGAAAGAGAAACCGAAAAAUGUGCGGCACCACAGUAGUCUGGUCACUUUAUCCCAGCACCAGUGCACAGUGACAGAUCUCAGUGUGAACAGCCACGCCCCAAUCAUUCAUGGAGCUUAUUGGAUGGAUAUUCGGAGUUGUCUACUCUGCACCAUAGUCUGUUUAAGAUAUCUACUUUUACUUCUUUUAAAUGCAGCCGUAGUUUAGCUCAGAGUCCUGCAUAUGUGCAGUUUUUCAUAUCCAUACUCUUCCUGCACCUCAGAACCAACCUGCUACAGAUAACACUCAAUCCCAACAAAUACAAAGGCUACACAUUCACCCCAUUUAAAGUGCUCUAGUUGUUACUAGGAAUUUAUCACCCAAAUAAGAUCCCUUUCAGUACCAACAAAUUCAUGCUUUUUAAAUACUGAGUUUGUUAUAUGGGACUAGUUCUUGGUAUGCUUUACUUUGCACACCUCAGGCAUGCUGCCUAGACUCAGCAGGGUGGCCAAGAGAGCAAUGGCAUCGUCUGGGUUUAUAAUUUUUUAUUUUAGAAAUUAAGUGAAACUUAUCAUAUACAGUACACGUUUUGUAUCAACACAAACCAGCUGCACAAUAACUUUGCUGGAAUUAAAAUGCUGCCUAAAAUUAGCAUAAUUAGUAAAUAUUUAAAUCAGGACAUAUCUGGUCAUAGUGUAAGUAACCAAGAGUAAAAUCCAACACACAUCAACCAUGUCAAGUAGAAUGGGUCAGCUGACAUGCAUGUUGAUUUGUGCGAAUGUGGUCAAAGUUUCUGCUUCUGGAGAGCUAUGUGAACCAACCUGGAAAAUACGACAGUGGCGUAUUCUGAGGAGUCACUGGAUCACAGGGUUACAUAGAAAACAAUGGAUGCAGUGUAUGUUGCCCUUAAGAAUUUGACCAGAAAUUUGAUGACAGUUGUCGGUAUUUGACGGUCUUUGAUGCUCGAGCUACAGACACAUUUCUGGUUGUACUCAAAUAUUAUUGAGGUUCAAUACACAGCCCUGUUAUUUCAAAGGCUAAACAGAUGUUCAACAGCAUAUAGCUGAAAUUAAACAUAUUAAUCACUAUUUUUUAAAAUCAUGUGCAGACUAUUAAAAACUUAAUAACUGCUUAAGGAACAUAAAAACACUGCAAGACUGGACAUCUCCCAUUCACAUCACCAAUAUCAUCAGUUCAUUUUGUGUUUUGUUUUUUUUCUACCUGUUAGAUGCAUUUUUUGCACAUGUACCGGUGUGAACCUGACCCAGUGCAGGACUCUGGUUUAGGUCUUGGUUUAAAACUAUGCAAUGCUGCCUUGUGUGCGUGGCCCUCAUCCUGUAUUAAGGAGCCAUUGAUUUGCAGAUAAUUGUCAUUUUGAUAGUCCAUUUUGCUAUUUAUUUACUGACUGAUUGUUCCAAGACAUGUGGUCAAUGAACAUUUAUGCAGCUUUUAUUGCUUUAAUUUUGUUGUUUUAUGAUUGCUCCAAUUUUUUUAAACGCAGACUGGCGGCCUGUUGUCACAAAGUAACUCCUGCUCCAGUAGACACAAACAGCCUGUUAGCAUUCAUACCAUCUUUCCUCGCCCACACAGCCUCAAGCAUAUGCCAGUGUCAAGUGACUAUGUUAAUAAACAGGUCUGUGUUGGCAGCAGUAAAGAUACGUGGCUGUGUUGUGGCAGCCAGAGGCAGUCCGCAUCAUUUGAGCCGCCUCGGGUGUGCUUUUCCUCCCACCGAACCCCUCGGUUCAGACACCGUUGGGCCCGCCACUUUUGAAGACAGAAACUCAGUCUCUCACUCUCUGCCUUUGUAAUGGAUAUUAGCACAGUGUUCACAUUUAACACAAUUACAGUCAGGAGAUGCCACAUUUAUUUUUAUUAGGCAGUGUGAGAUUUGUUAAGGAAAUUAUGGGAAGAUUUCCUGGUCUCCUGCGCCAUCCCAAUAAAUGAUAGCAAACAAAUGGAGAAGGGUAGAGAAUUGAGUCAUGCCUUUUAUUGUUCAUUGUUCAUGAGUAGCUCAACAGUUGUGCCAAGAUUGUCAUAAAAACUAUUCUCUCUCUUACUGGAAGAAGCAAAAAUGAAAAGGAGUACAGCCACGCAGCUCCACUCCAUGUCCAUCUGGCAUCUGCACUACUGAUCUGUCGGGGGACCGCUGCAACACUUCAGCCUCGUAUGAUUCAUCAUUGCGCUCUCUGGAUGUUCCCUGCUUUCCAACAGCGGUGCCACACCUACAUGACCUAAUCGCUCUUUUCACAAUAUGGCUCGGAUUCGAUUGGACCUGAAUCCAGCUUCCCUGGCUCAGAUUGUUUGGGUUCACAUUCUCCUAUUCCACAGCAGUUACAGUAAAUGUGUAGUGUGGGUGUGUGUAAAAUAGAAACAGUUGAAAUUCAAGGCUUUAAUACUGGUUUAUCCAAGUAUGGAAAACGAAUGUGAUCAUUAAAACUUGCUGAAAACGUAUUAUAUGUGGUGUUGUACAAAUUCUUAACAUUUUGUUUUUCACACAAGCUUUUGAAAGUCCCUCUGUCAGGAUCAGAAUAUAGAAAUUGUGUUUGAAAAAAUAUUUAAUUGCGAAAGAAUGGAUUUGAUUUGAAAUGGAAACUGUGUUGGAACACUGGAUUUAAAGCAUAUUUGAGACCAGAAA